ACUACAAGUAGUGAGUGGAGUUACUAACAGACUAUACAAGUAGUGAGUGGAGUUACUAACAGACUAUACAAGUUAAAUGUCUUACCUAUGAUUAACUGUUUCCCACACACAUACCUUCGUGUUUCCUGCUUGGACACCGUCUCCCCACAAUGUCCUACUCUCCCACACCGAAUAGACUCUUCUCACAGGCUCUAUACUGUAUAUCCCUACAAGGGAGUAGGUUGGGAGUUUUUUUACCUUGUUUGACCUGAACAACACAAUAUAUUAUUUGCCAUGUUUUGUUAUUUCUGUAUAACAGAAAAUCGACGACAAAUUAAACUCUUUUAUACAAUAUUUGUUUUACCCUAAUUUGUAGGCGUAGUCGAGGAGAUUUCCUUAUCAUUUAGAUGAAUUUCGACUCGGAUUAUGCCUCUCUUGUUUUCUGACUCACUGACCUCUGCAUGAUCUUUGUAUUUUUACCUCUGACCCCUUAAGGUGCCCCUGUUGCCGUUCAUCCCAGUGUUUAGCAUGUUUGUUAACGUCUACCUGAUGAUGCAGCUGGACAGAGGCACGUGGAUACGCUUCGCUGUCUGGAUGGCUAUUGGGUUUGUGAUCUACUUUGGCUAUGGGAUCCACCACAGUGCUGAGGCUGCUCUUGCCCGCUCCUCUCUUGAGUCUGAUGUAGAGCUGAACGGCUACAUAGCCAGCCACUCACACAACAUGGAGCCCAUGUCUCCUGAGAAAGAGGCGUUUCUACAUAAUGGUCUGGAGUCCCGGGGAGAGGAGGAGGGAGACCUAUAGAGCGCUAGGACCCAGCAGACAACUGCCACAGCCUGCCCUGACCACCCUACAUACCACACCUUAUCACGCCCCUUUGGAACUUUCGUCUGUCUGGAACCUUAAUCAAAACAGGAUAGAACCCUCUUGGAAUGAACCGUCUCAUUUUGGGAUGUACCUUGCCAUUUUUUUUUAUAUAUAUUUUUUUAACAGAGUUCCCGGCUUUAGACUUUUUUAGUCUAACAUCUCACAGUGGCGUAUGCACAUGUAGCUUGUCGCAGGUGUUCCUGGGUAGGGAAAAUACAUUUUCUAAUGCAGAAAAAAAAAACGGAGUAGAGAAGAGAGGAUAGACUGCUGUUUGUUCCUGAGGGCUUAUUGUGAGCUCCACAGGGGUUUCCUACUACAGACAGGAGAACCAUAUCAACCCAGGGAAACUGAGCAGACAUCUUGGAUCUUGUCCUCCUCCAUUUUAGGGAGAGUGUGGGUUGAUGUGAUGGGAGUGGGGUAGUGUAAUGUUGCUGUUGAGGACUGGGUUUGAUUGGGCCCACUGGGCACACACACACACUGGUUGAAUCAACGUUGUCUCCAAGUCAUUUCAAUUCAGUUACGUUGAACUAACGUGGAAUAGACAUAGAUUUGACGUCUGUGUGCAGUGAGGAUGCUCUACUAACUGGCACACGGUUCUCUCACAGCUCAGGAAGGACUCUCACAGCUCAGGAAGGACUCUCACAGCUCAGGAAGGACUCUCACAGCUCAGGAAAGACUCUCACAGCUCAGGAAGGACUCUCACAGCCCAGGAAGGACUCUCACAGCUCAGGAAGGACUCUCACAGCUCAGGAAGGACUCUCACAGCCCAAGGAGGACUCUCACAGCUCAGGAAAGACUCUCACAGCUCAGAAAGGACUCUCACAGCCCAGGAAAGACUCUCACAGCUCAGGAAGGACUAUCUGUUGGUUAACAUCCUAAUGGAUUAGUUAGGGUUAAGGUUGUGCAUUAAGGUUGUCACUUGAGAGAUGUCAGAAAACAUCACUGAGUCAAUCUGAGGACUUUUGGAACUGAGUGACUUAGAUGGCUAGCCAUGGAAACUCUGUCUGGUAAACUUCAAGAUAAUCAUACUGUUUGAUGAGGCAUAUCUAUACUCUCAACAUUUUCAGAUGAUAGUCAAACUGCUGUUGAGAAAGGUGAACAACAGAUUAUGGCUAUAAUAACUACUGCUGGGAUUCUACAUUCAGAUCUGCUAAAACCAUGGAUGAGAAAUGUUACAACCUCCCCUAGCAGGAUAUAGGCUACCUUGUUGUAAACUUCUGUUAUCUCCCUUCUCGCUGUGAUGUAGUGGCUGUGGCUCACCACUAGAGGUCGCUGUGUAUCACACAACAUCAGUGGACCUUUCAAAUGAAAUGAAAUGAAAUUGUAUUCAUCACAUGCGCCGAAUACAACCUUACCGUGAAAUACUUACUUACAAGCCCUUAACCAACAAUGUAGUUCAAGAAAUAGAGUUCAGAAAAUAUUUACUAAAUAUAAUAAAGUGAAAAAAUGUAAUAUCAAAAAAGUAACACAAGAAAAUGACAUAACAAUAAUGAGGCUAUAUACAGGUGGUACCGGUACCUAAUCAAUUUGGGGGGGGGGUACCGGUACCGAGUCAAUAUGUAGAGGUCACAGGUGUGUAGAGGGCACAGGUUUAUGUAAAGUGGGGGUAAUUUGUAAAGUGGCUAUGCGUAGAACAGCGAAUAGCAGCAGUGUAAAAACAAAGGGGGUGUGUCAAUGUAAAUAGUCCAGGUGGCCAUUUGAUACAUUGUUCAGCAGUCUUAUGGCUUGGGGGAAGAAGCUGUUAAGGAGCCUUUUGGACCUAGACUUGGUGCUCCGGUACCACUUGCCGUGCUGUAGCAGAGAGAACAGUCUAUGAUUUGGGUGACUGGAGUCUUCUACAAUUUUUUUGGGCCUUCCUCUGACAAAAAGGUCCUGGCUGUCAGAAAGCUCCCGAGUGGCGCAGCGGUCUAAGGCACUGCAUCUCAGUGCUUAGAGAUGACACUACUGACCCCUGGUUCGAUUCCAGGCUGUAUCACAACCGGUCGUGAUUGGGAGUCCCAUAGGGUUGCGCACAAUUGGGCCAGCGUCAUCCGGGUUAGGGUUUGGCCGGGAUAGGCCAUCAUUGUAAAUAAGAAUUUGUUCUCAACUGACUUGCCUGGUUAAAUACAUC